AUGUUACUACAUUCUCAAUCUUUCAGCCCGGAUUUGCAGGAACUCUUCCAGUCGGACAUCAUUGACGUACAGCAGAAGUAUGCGUUCACGGCAGAGGAACUAUUUUUUAGCGCCAAAUUUGAAAAUGAAGACUUGAAUAUUUCCGAGGCAUUUGAGAGCACGGAAACAUCAUUGGGCCGCUGUUUUACGUUUAACGGCCCAGAGUACAUCAGCAAGAACGGGCCGAGGCUGACCAAACUGGUGGGUCGAGAGUCAGGACUGCGGCUGUACGUACAUCUCUUUCAGGAUCAGUAUUUCAUCUUUGACGAUCUCACAGCCGGGAUUAGGAUGUUUGUGGCCCACCACCCCGAUACACCCAGACUGCGCCAGGAUGGCAUCGACAUCCACCCAGGGACAUCCACCAGGCUGGCGUUGACUCCAGUCAAAUACACCUUCCUACCAGCUCCCUACAAGUCGUACGGUGACGUCCCCUGCCUAGACACUGACUCCCAGGACCUGCGCCACAAGAUGGUCAACGGCUCCUUCUACAGCUACGACAACUGUAUGGAGCAGUGCCACAGCUACACGGCGUCUCUAGCUUGUUCCUGCUACUCUCAUUUACUGUAUGUGCCAAAUCUACGGAGAUGCACAGUAGGAGAUCUCUUCUGUUUCGCGGGAGUCAGAGAAAACCUGACCGCAGCAGACUGCGACUGUCCGCGCCCAUGCUCCUUUGUCCAUUACAGCACAACGCUGUCUGCUUCCCAGAUUCCUUCCAGGGUGUCUGCAGACUUCCUUACCAAGCUGGUCAACGUGUCCAGCGCCGCAGAGCUGAGAGAUAACUACCUGGAGAUCAGAGUCUACCUUGACACCAUGAUGCUGAGACACGAGAGACACGAGGGCCAGUACAACUUCAGUUCCAUAUUUGCUUUUCUUGGUGGCCAGAUGGGAUUCUUCAUUGGCGCCAGUCUGAUCACACUGGGGGAAAUCCUGGAGGCCAUACUUCUCUCAGUGUAUACAUUCUUCCAUAAGCAUUUGUUGAGAAUGGGACAGCCGGUGGUCCUAGCAAGCCCUCCAGCCUCCAGUACACCAUCUACACCUCCACACGUCAAACCAGACAAGAGAAGGGCUUGGUAA